AUGCCACCGCGCAAGUCUGACCAGCGCAAGAGCGACGCUUCCCUGGUUACCUUUCCCGCCAUCCCCCACGACGACAGCGCCAUCUCGCAGACGGCGUCGCAUACCCAGCAGUCUGUCCCGGCUGCCGCGGCGGCCUCCGACAAGAAGGACAAGGACAAGGACAAGGACAAAGAUGGCGUGUCCAUCGAGGACCUUGGAUUCCCCAAAUCUGUCAUCUCGCGGCUCGCAAAGAGCGCAUUACCACCAAACACCCAAAUCCAAGCGAAUGCAAUUCUCGCCAUGAGCAAGAGCGCAACUGUUUUCGUCAGUUACUUGGUGUCGCAUGCCAAUCAACACACUGUCAACGCGGGCAAGAAGACGAUCAACCCGGAUGACGUGUUCAAAGCACUCGACGAUACCGAGUUCUCCUUUCUGCGGGAGUCUCUCGAGGCCGACUUGGCAAAAUUCAUGGCGAUGAAGAACGAAAAACGGACGUCGUCGAAGAAAAAGGUGGGCGCCGGCAAGGGCGACGCUGCCAAUCCGACCGAGGACGUGGAAAUGGCCGAUCAAACUGUCAGCUCGUCCAAGGCGGAUGUGUCGACCAUGUCGGCCUCGGAUGGGCCCCGAAAUAAAAAGGCCCGUCUCGACCAGGACGAGACGGAGGAAGAAGGGGAGAAGGAGGCGGAGGAGCAAGAGAUGGAGGCGGAGGAAGAGGAGGAGGAGGAAGAGGAGGAGGCAGAGGAGGAAGAGGAGGACGACGAGGAUGAGGAGGCAAACGACGACGAGGAAAAUGGGGAGAGGAGAGCGGAGAGCGGAGAUGACACGCAGGACGCGCUCGAGUUGAAGCAAGACGACGAGGACGACGAGAGGGACGAGGCGCUCGAUGGUGACGAGAGCGAUUGA